AUGUCAAUUAAGAAUUUAGAAAAAGAAAGGCUUUGCGCUCUGGGAGACAAGAUUACUACUGUUGUUACAAGGUUAAUUAAUCCAAACAACUCGGUGGGACGAAUGAUGAACCGCCGACAAAGUUGCGCAGUAAAUAAUAGAGUAAGUAGCGGAAGACGAAAGGCCAAAUAUGUUGACUGA